AUGCGUAUAGUAGAUGAUUAUGCUUCAUAUAUGAAUAUUCUACGGAUGUCAUUCCAUAAAGUCUAUUUUGAAACAGAUUGGAAGACUACAAUGGUCUCAUUCAAAUUCGCAGAGCUCACUAAUUCACCCAGAGUACUUUUCAGGCAUCCGAUGAGAAUUGAAACUGAACUUCUCCUAAAAACAUUUGAGGGAUUUGCAACAUACAAUAACGUCAGAAUAUAUGGGAAUGCCAAGAUUUCACAAGAUUUUCCGUAUCUUAAAAAUAGAUUCAGUACAGUGAUACAAUUCAGUGAUGACUACAAAUUUAAAGACAACAACGAUUUACCUGAAUUAAAACAGAUAGAAGAACCAAAAAAGGAAAAGAAUCAAAUACAAGUACCACAAAAGAAAAAGAAUACAAUGCUAGUUAUAGUGAUAUUAUUUGGAGUAGUGAUAGUAUUGGUAGCGUUUGUAAACUACAAAAUAAUGAAGAAAACAGUUUAA